AUCUGAAAGUCACACUGUUCACCGGCUGAUCUUGUAUUUUCACCCCGAAAGUUAGCUAUCGUUUUAUACGAUAUUCUAUCGAUAAUUGGUUAAUAACGGCUAUCUUUCGUAUGUAAGACGCGUUUUUCAGUGUUAUAGAUAUACAUAUAGAUAUGGAAAUGGUUUCAGUUAAUUGCAUCAUGUACGAGAAAGUCAUAUUCAUUUGUAAAAAUUAGACACUAAGGAUUUUCUAUUAUCCGAAAAAAUAAGACAUCUGGCUCGGAGUGAUAAGCACAGUAUUCCUCUGGAAAAGGACUGACAGGCAUCAUGUUAGGACACAUAGCGAGAAGACUUGGCCGCAUGCAACAUGUUUCUGUUGGACUGAAGGGAGUCAGUCUUCAGCAGCUGCUUUCUAAAGAGACCCACAGACACCCGCAGUCCUCACUCGAGACCCACAGAUCCAUCUCGACGGUGUCACUAUGGCCCUUCUCAUCUCAGCCACGGGACUUCAGCCAGCCCAACUCCUCAUGGAGUCCAGAGAUGCGCAAGGUUUACGACCACUAUAAUGCUCUGUCUUUCCCUGACACCGAAAAUGGUGAGGAAAAAAAGGGGCCGUGGAGGAAGUUGCCCAGCUACAACCGUUCCAUUAAAUACGCCACUGGCGGCAUACACCUCAGCAAACUGAUCCAGGCCAAAGCUCGACUUUUCACGAGAAAUGUUAAAGAGCAGGGCGCGACGUUUGAGUAUGUGGUGUUUGUCAACAAGGAGGAGAAGAGAUGCGUUUGCGUGUUUCAGGCGGGACAUUUACUAGAAGGUGCACCUGGGCAUGUGCACGGCGGAGCCAUAGCCACCAUGAUUGACACAGUGACGGGCACUCUUGCCGGUUUUCUCUCAGGACCAAUAAUGACCGCCAAUCUCAGCAUAGACUACCGCAGCCCGAUGCCUCUGGAUAGUGUGGUUUUAAUCCACAGCUCUCUGGAUCGAAUAGAGAGGAGGAAAACGUACAUCACUUGCAAAGUGACCAGCACUGAUGAGUCAAAACUCUACACUGAGGCCACAGCUCUGUUUGUUUCAAUAGGUGUGGGCCAUUUAUUUGGAUCACGAAACUGAAAGCAUCCUGGAGUCUCACCUGAGCGACAGGUGUGCGUCUGAGGUGGAGUGUGUGCGCAAUGAACAAACAGAUCAAGUUAGCGUUGUACCUCAGCUCUUUGAAUGAGCUAUUCAGAAAUGUAUGCAUGUGAUGCACUCAUGUGGCUGCCUCAUAUUUUGUUACUUUAAAAAUCGAAUUAUAUUAACCCUCUAUAUUUAUUGAUACAGUAUUUACAUUUUUGUUGCAAAACAAAAGUUACUCUUUUUAAUUAUAAUGGUGACAGUAAAGUUCUUUAGUAUUAUGAGCAUUAUACAAUGAAAAGCUCUAUAUUUUUAGCAGUACUGUAUUGAAUAUUGUGUUAAAUGCAAUUUCUUUUUCAGUUUGUUAUAAACGGAAUGGUGUGUUUAAAUUAUUUUCUCGCUAGGGAAUAAUAACAUAUUUAUAACUUUCUUUAUUAAUGCCAAUAAAGCCAGUAAUUGAAAUGUG